GACCUCAGCUACAAGAGGAAGAGGAAGAAGAGUAGGAGGAAGAGGUAGUUGUUGGAAAGGAAGGUGACUUAAAACGCAGUUUACCACGAUUUUUUUCAGCCUUUAAGUGAAGCGGACACACUGAGCCCGCCUCCAUUCGUCUUAGUGGAAGUUAAGGCUUUGUUGUGUAGACAACAUGCAGCGCGUGUAGUGAAGAGCAAACAAGUAAGAAAAAACGAUGGCAACGCACAACCAAACCGUUGUGUACUUGUCCGAGCAGGUGGUCGUGUUGUGCUCGUGCGCCAUGUCGUUUGUGGGCUCGUCGCUCAUUAUCGUCACUUACAUUAGUUUGGCGGAUUUGAGGACCACUCCGCGCAAACUGCUCCUUUUCCUCUCGGUGGCCGACUGGCUCUCCGCGGUCUCGUACGCCUUCGGAGUAUGGAAAGUGUUCGACUCGGACUCACCAGACUGCGUCGCUCAAGGAGCGAUAUCCACCUUCGCCAACACCAGCUCUUUUUUCUGGACGGUGGCCAUCGCCGUCUACUUGUAUGUGCUCAUUGUACAGUCCAGUCAGAGGGCUGCUGACAGCCUAGUGCUGGUCUUCCACCUGGUCAGCUGGGGGGUUCCCCUGAGCAUCACAGUUGCAGCCGUGUGCCUCAACAAGAUUGGCUACACUGCAUCAGAGGUGUCCGUGGGCUGGUGCUGGGUCAGAAUCCACACCCCUGACCGUGUGCUGUGGAUGCUGCUGACUGGAAAGAUCUGGGAAUUCUUUGCCUACCUCAUCCUCCCCAUCCUCUACAUCCUCAUCAAGAGACACAUUCACACGGCGCAUGCAGCCCUUUCCGAGUACCGUCCACUUUUGGCCAAUAGGACAACAUCGUACUCCUUCUCCUCCAUGGCAGACAUGAAGCUGACUCUCAUCCCUAUUAUCUUCAUCCUGUUACGCAUUUGGAGUACAAUCCGCUUCAUCCUGUUGCUGGUUGGCUCCCCGGCGAGACAGAACCUUGUGCUGGUGAUGCUACAUGGUAUUGGCAACACGUCACAGGGAGCAGCCAACUGCAUCAUGUUUGUGUUUUUCACUGCGCCUGUCCGCAUGCGCCUCUUCGCUUCGCUCUGCUGCUGCCGUGUGGGCUCGUCCGAGCAGCAAAAAGCCCAGGAUGACACUCGCGGGGUGUCUCCAGGACUUCAUACUUCAAAUCAGAGAGAAGUACACUUCACGAGUAAUGUCCACACUGAUAGGUGAUGCUCGAUUAUACAGAAGGAGGGACUUAUAAGGACUGUAUGUGUCUGAGAAGUUUACAUUUAGCACAUAAUGUUGCAUCAUGAAAAGCAUCUCACCGUUUUUUUUUUUUGGGUGUUUCUCCAAGAUGAAUUAAUUUAUCAUGUACCUCAUGGAAUCACUUUAUCGGGUUCAACAUAUGUGCAAUUUCUAUUCAGUUUCAUCAAGUAUUUUGGGGGGAUGAAAAAUGUGUGAAUGCUUUUGGCUAUGUCGUAGAAAAAAAAGCAUGAUUAUCACUCUGUGACUUUAUUGUUGCUGCGUUUAAAUGUAAUCAUGAGCGUCCUGUAUCAUCUGAUAUUUUGAAAAAAAGCCAUACCAAUAAACUCCCGCAAUGAUGUCA